AUGGGCGUAACUCCGGAGGCGUCCGUGUUCGACACUCGUUCGACCUUGCCCUACGGUUGUCCGCCCGACGGCUGUGUAGCCGCCAACACGAGAGAUGGCGACAUGAGCGAUGAAUCUCGCUGGUCGUGUCGCCCUUCCCUGGACACCUCCGGCUCUGGGUGCUCAAUCACGUUCACGCUGGAAAAGGUGGAGUACCUCGGAGACAUCAGGAUAGCGCUGUACAAGGGGGACACCCGGACGCGAACGAUGGACAUUUACGUGGACGGCCGCCACAUCACUACCUGGACAAGCUCGGGCACGACCACCGGCUUCGAAAGCGUCUUGCUCUUUGACCAAGGGCAAGUCGUCGAGCUGGUCGGGGUCCUGAAUGACAUGGAGUGGCUCAGCAUCUUGGAGGUGGAGAUAGACGUCGACGACGGCACUGUCGACGACGACACCGUCGUGGUCUUGGACGUUGUCGAGGCUGCCGAGAUGGGAACGGUGACGGCCACGGCUGAUCUCUACGACACUCGCCUCGGAGACACCGUGGGCUGUGAUCCUGAAGGGUGCACGGCAGCGCUUACGAGGGACGGUGACAUGUCUGAAGGUUCCAGGUGGUCGUGUGCUCCCAAGCUCGGUGGCCCUUGCAGCAUCUCGUACGACCUCGGAGCAGCGUACAACGUCGAACAGCUUCGUCUCCUCAUGUACAGGGGGGACAGCAGAACGCGCACCGUAGACGUCUCUGUCGAUGGCGCCCUGGUGACCACCUGGACGAGCUCGGGGACAACGACCGAGUUCGAGAGCGUCGACCUAUCUGGAGCGUACGGUCAAGUCGUCACCAUCUCGGGCAACAACCAGGCUGACUCGCAAUGGCUGAGCAUCAUCGAGACGGAGAUCAUGGUGUACGAAGGUGACGCGCCGGCACCCAGCCCCACGACUCCCUCUCCCAUCUUCAUGCCGACGACUCCUUCUCCCGUCUCGCCGACUGCCGGCAUCAACGCUUGCUUCGACAGCACAAGCGACGACUACCGGUGCCAACCUAGCGUCGACCAGCCCGCCUACAUCGACUUGAACAACUGCAACUUCGUCGACUCUGACGCCGCUGACCUUCCUGCGUGCUUCGAGAGCUUCGGCAAGACCGACAUCGAGAUUCUGCGCAUCGCCUUCCACGACGACCUGACGACCCUGCCGGUGGGAGUCUUCGAGGGGCUGGAAAACGUCGUUGACAUGGACUUGUCCUACACGGGACUGGAGUACUUGCCUGCCGGAGUUUUCUCCGGCCUCUCGGGGCUCACGAAGCUGUCAAUGCACUUCAGCAGCAUCGAGGGCCUGCCCGAGGACCUCUUCGCUGACACCCCGCUACUCGAUAGUCUGGAGGUGUCCUCCGCGAAGCUGAGCACUUUGCCGGCCGGGGUUUUCGAACCGCUCACCAGUCUGCAAUCCUUGACCCUGUCUUCCCGUUUCGAUGACGUGCUGUUGCAGUGCCUCCCGUCCUCGACUGCGACCGACAUUAGCCUGUGGGAGCAACUUGUGGUGGAGGAGGCUAAAGCAGCGACUUGCGAAUGCGAGCCCACCGAGGCGGUCUACUGCGAGACCGGAACGACUUGCCAGCCUGGGGUCGGAGGCUACACUUGCGAAUGAACAAGCCCGGGGCGUUCCAGCACCAUAGGUGCGCGCAGGGAGUGACGCUGGGUAAACCGGGCAGGUUCGGCGACUCGGGGAGGAACGCCUGGUCUUCAACGAUCGCGUCGAGAUCGUAUGAUCUGAUGAGAGUCAUCGGAACAACAGUUAUGUACUUGUUUUCUCAGGUCGUUCCCAGGGGGAACUGCUUUUCGGGUGGUCGUUCACCCCUUGUUUCCAGGCACCUGUUUUGAGAGGCUUUCCAUUGUUCUCUGCAGCAGCUGUCAUGUCCUCUGCAGGACGGUAGGACGUACAGGAGAACAGCGAAGAAUAAUGUAGCGGUAAGCACUCGCUGGACGAGCAUGGUCCAGUCAGAGAUUUGCCGCCAGGCUUCUAGACAUGUUCGUGCGCGUUUGAAUUGAAUAACUUUCGGGUACACGUGGCCAUGCGGCGGGCUGGCACACUCGGUGAGAUGCGUGUUUUGUAUAGAGCGUAUUGUUAUGGUGGCAAGGGCUAAGGGAUCGGCGAUCUUCCAUUUCGGAUGCCGUGGUGUUGGAGAUAGAGUACGAAGUAUUGAUGUGUAGUGAUUGCUGCAAAUGUUUGGUCUAUGCGUAUGCUGUAUAUCUAUUAUUUGUGGCCCGUGUUACAGAAGGAUGCGGUUUGACAGACUUUGUUAGCGUCGUUCGGGAGGUCCCCUAGAUAUUCUGCUCGUUGGACGUCGGACAGCUGCAAAGGAGUAUUAAACCGUCUCCUCGUGAAGCAACGGGAGGGUGCAUCCAUUUUGCCCCGCGUUGAGGGCAUUGCAAAACAUGUUUCGAUUGGGGAUAUGUAUCGAGGGUGAACAAUGCCAUAUGUGCCCUGUGAGGUUGCAUCGAUUCAGUACUUCGCCAAACGUAUGUGGGUGGAAACAACCAGAGUCGACGGUCGAUGUUGAUACUCGGUACGGUAGAAGCCAGCGUUAGGCACUCUCUGCCUCUCUUAUGGAGCAGUUCCAUCCAUUCUUCCUUUUGGGGGAGGCAUAUAGGCGACAGAGAGCAAGGGAUGUGUGGCGGAUUUGCCAGGUGUGCCACGGAUCGGCGCAAAGGCAAAGACCUACAGGUGUGGCUUCAGAUCAAGUCUUGAACAACGCCUCCCAAACCAGAUGGGGCCGAUGGUGUUAGCGCUUGUUCUUGGUUUCCGCAGGGUCGUGGGUGGGGCAAAGUUCUAUUAUCUGUAACUGUUUGAAUGACUACGUCUGGUCACGGCGACGGGCUUGGCGAUUUGA